CAAGUUUCGAUUGUUAUUGCUUAUGGCGUAAUCUCGAAGCGUCUGGUUAUUUGGUUAUAAACACGUCUCCGCUGUCAAGUAAUUAGUAAAUUCGAAAAUUCUUAAUUAAAAGUCCAAUUGCAUUAUUAUCUCUCAGCGGUUUUUCUGUUUUUGAAAUCAUGACCAUGGACGUCCAACGCCAUUCGGUCCAUACAUUGGUCUUUCGAUCAUUGAAACGUACACAUGAUAUGUUUUUGUCUAAUCAGGGCACUCUGCCUCCCAUCGAUCCUACGACGGAAUCAAUGAAAAAAGGCAUAAAAUCUAAAGACAGUUAUGCCCUUGUUUUUGAUCGUGUUAGAAAGAAUAAUCAUCUCAAACUCAGCCAUGAUCAUAACUCGGACCCUCCACCACCAGGAGAUGACAGUUUCAAUGGCAGUAACAAUUCCUCAGCAAUUGUGCCUUACACACCUGGAAUAGCUGGAUCUUUGAUAUCUGGUUCAGCAAUGCCAAAUAAUUCGAACAGUACUUCGUCAUUAGUUCUUAACUUGCCACCAAAAAAGGCUCCAACAAUUGCAAAACCCCGUUGGCACGCGCCUUGGAAAUUAUACAGAGUAAUAAGCGGGCAUCUUGGGUGGGUUAGAUGCUGCGCUGUGGAACCGGGAAAUGAUUGGUUCGCAACUGGAUCGGCAGACAGAGUUAUUAAGAUAUGGGAUCUCGCUAGCGGUAAAUUGAAAGUGUCCCUCACUGGGCACAUAAGUAGUGUCCGCGGACUUGCCGUCUCACACAGGCAUCCGUAUUUGUUUUCUUGCGGAGAGGAUCGUCAGGUUAAAUGCUGGGAUCUAGAAUAUAAUAAGGUUAUCAGACACUAUCACGGUCAUUUGUCGGCGGUUUAUUCUAUGGCGUUGCAUCCUAAUAUCGAUGUGUUAGUAACCGCGGGCAGAGAUUCUACUGCCAGAGUUUGGGACAUGAGAACAAAAGCGAACGUUCACACACUGGCAGGUCAUACCAAUACGGUGGCUAGUGUAAUAUGUCAGGCAGCGGAGCCACAGGUCAUCACCGGUAGCCACGACUGCACCAUACGUUUGUGGGAUUUGGCUGCUGGAAAAUCUCGAGCAACUUUAACAAAUCACAAGAAAAGCGUUAGAUCUGUUGUUUUCCAUCCGACGUUGUACAUGUUCGCUUCAGCCUCCCCAGAUAACAUAAAACAGUGGAAAUGUCCGGAAGGAAAAUUCAUACAGAAUCUGUCCGGACAUAACGCGAUUGUUAAUUGUUUGGCUGUGAAUCCUGACGGUGUCCUGGUUUCUGGCGCAGAUAACGGAACGAUGCAACUUUGGGAUUGGAGAACCGGGUAUAACUUCCAGAGGCUCCAAGCGCCUGUUCAACCUGGUUCAAUGGAUAGUGAAGCUGGAGUUUUCAGUAUCACAUUUGACAUGUCUGGGACUCGUAUGAUUACCACCGAAGCCGACAAAACGAUAAAAGUUUACAAGGAAGAUGACACAGCGACCGAAGAAAGUCAUCCGAUUAAUUGGCGGCCCGACAUCAUCAAGCGAAGGAAAUAUUAACGAAUUUAAUAAAUUAAGCAUCCUCGUUUUGUGAAAAUUAAAUCAAAGCGACGACAAUGAUUAAUAAUUUGCUUAUUAAUGAUUGUAAAUAAAUCUUCAAUUCUUACGAAUAA